AUGGGGGAGCUAAGAAAUCUUCAAUUUUUAUCAUCAUUUUUUGUGGGCGAAUGUGAAGAGACGGACAUCAAGCAAUUAGGCGAUCUUGAUCUUGGAGGAGCAUUGUCCAUUUUAGAUUUGCAAAAUGCAACAGAUUCCAAGGACUGUUUAGUUGCCAAUUUGAAAAAUAAAAGACACCUUGAGGAGUUAGCAUUUGGGUGGAGCAUGAAGAAUGAAGAAUCUCACAAAGAAAGUGACGUGCUCGAGAAUCUCCAACCUCCCCAAAACUUAAAAAAGUUGUCAGUUAGCAACUUCAAAGGUCCCAAUUUUUCAAAUUGGUUAACAGAUAAUACAUUAUCAUUUAUAGUGUCGUUAGAGUUGAUGGAUUGUAAAUAUUGUUCAUCCUUGCCAUCAUUGGGUCUGUUGUCAACUCUCAAGUCACUCUCAAUUAUAGGCCUUGAUAGUGUUAUGGCCAUUGUUCCUGAAUUUUAUGGGAAUAAUUCUUGUAUGACUCCAUUUGUAUCCCUUGAGAUCCUUAGAUUUGAGGAAAUGAAGGGAUGGGAGGAAUGGAAUUGUGAAGAUGUACAUGGUUCUUUCCCAUGUCUGCAAGAGUUUUAUUUAAAAGGAUGUCCCAAGUUGAGAGGGCUGCACAUUCUAGCACGACUUCCUUCUUUAACAUCGCUAAUCAUCUCUAAUUGCAAGCAGCUGGUGGCUUCACUUUUGCGGGCUCCAUCCGUUCAUGAAUUGAUGCUAUUAAACUGUGGAAAGGUGCAAUUGGAAUGCCUUCCGUCAACUCUGAAAGUUCUCCGCAUCGGGGAACCCUUCACAGAAUGCUUUUCGGUUGAAAUGUUUGAGAAUACGGUUGCCCACACUUGCCUUGAAAACUUGGUAAUUGCAGAUUGCUCUUCUUUGGAAUUCCCAUUGCCGCAUGGUCAUAAUUUCCUUCAAAGAAUAUCGAUAUACAACUGUGACUCCCUAAGGACCUCCCCUCUUGAUUUAUUCCCCACGCUUAAGGUAUUAGAAUUAUCUGUUGGUGAGGGGCAAGAUCAUCAUCUAACUUCCCUUCUGUCUUUGGAACUGAUCGAGUGCCAUAAAUUUGAAUCAUUUCCGAAAGGAGGAAUUUCUGCCCCCAAAUUGGACUACUUUCACGUAGAAGGACUACAGAGUUUAAAAUCACUUCCAAAGCGCAUGCACAUCCUCUUUCCAGCAUUGAAGUUUCUACAUAUAUAUGACUGCCCACAAGUGGAAUCAUUUUCUGAGGGGGGUUUGCCAAGGAAUGUGAAGCUUCUUAUUGUCACGGAAAGCCAGAAACUGGUGGUGUCUCGAAGGGAGUGGGCCUUGCAUAAUCAUACUUGCCUACAAUAUUUGCGCAUUCAAGAUGAAGAAGCCGAGUGUCUUCCCGAACCAGACUUAUUGCCACCUACUCUUACUGAACUUGCUAUGGAGAAGUGUUUCAAUCUUAAAACCCUGGAUCACAAUGGUCUUCGCCACUUGUCAGCUUUGCGGGAAUUACAUCUGUUAGUGUGUCCUAAACUCAAAUGCUACCCAAAGGAGGGUUUGCCCACUUCCAUUCAAACUCUGUUUGUUUUGAUGAUCUGUCCAAAGCUUAAAAAGCGGUGCCAAAAGAAAAAAGGCAGAGAGUGGUCAAAGAUUGCUCACAUCCCCCUCAUUACUUUUGAUGACAGUGUACUCACUUGA